CAGGGUUCCAUUAUAAACCCUAAAACCAUAUUCUGUAUCAUUUCUUCUUCUUCUUCUUCUUUUUCCAUUAUAGAUUCGCUGCCGGCUUCAGAGAAGUGACAAUCGAAAUCUCCAUUUCCGUUUCUCUUGAAGUAAGCAAAGAUGGUGGUCGCAAAGAAAAUGAAGAAGACUCAUGAGAGUAUUAACAACAGACUUGCUCUUGUGAUGAAGAGUGGGAAGUACACCCUUGGUUACAAAACAGUCCUCAGGACUCUCAGGAGCUCCAAAUCAAAGCUCAUAAUUAUCUCAAACAACUGUCCUCUCUUGAGAAAAUCUGAGAUUGAGUACUAUGCUAUGCUUGCCAAGGUUGGAGUUCACCAUUUCAAUGGAAACAAUGUCGACUUGGGAACAGCUUGUGGGCGAUACUACCGUGUAUCAUGCCUGAGUAUCAUCGAUCCAGGUGAUUCUGAUAUCAUCAAAACUCUUCCUGGUGACCAGUAAGCGGAGAAAGCUAGGGUAUCCAUUCACUUGAUUCAGAUUUUCCUUCUGGUCAUCUCUUUUUCUCCUUUUCCCCUAUUUAGCUUAAGUUGAGUCACAGUUGAAUUGAAUCGAAUCAAACUUUGUAGGUUUAUUUCAAAUCUGUAAGGCCGGAAGUACACAUAGAUACAAUGGUUUUGGAAAGUGAAAGUAUGCUCUUGCACUUUAUGAAUAUCGUGUGAGACUAUCUUUUUUGUUUGUGUUUGUCCAUUUCAGCCUAGAAGUUUCCAAAAUCGCCAGUCUUCUGGUCAUUAGUACUUUAUCCAAAAUUGUUGCUGUUAGCAUUCAGUGGUGGUGUAAACUGCCUAACCCUCACCUGAGCUUAGUGUUUGCCAUAAGCUGUAUUGGUGCUAGAUUUGUUUGAUGGGAGUUGUUAAGAAUUUUUCCAUGUCUUUAUAUA